CUGCUCCUUCUGUCUCAGGAGGAGCAUUAGAAAUAGUUCAUGUUCCUGAUUUUAAUCUCAGUAAAACUAAAUCCUCGAUUUAUUAAUCGUUGUUGCUAGUUAUAUAUUUAGCAGCUAACUAGCAACUAACUAGCAGCUAACUAGCAGCUAACUAGCAGCUAACAACCCCCACACCUGGAGUAACAGACACCUCCCUAACAGCUCCGGAGUGUUUUAAUAGAAAACAUUUUAUUAAUUUUCAGUUAGGUUGUUUUUAUUAUGUAGCUGCAGGUAUAAACUACCUUUAAUGUACUAUUUUUAUUUCUAACUCAUGACUCAGGAUGGGAGUGAGCUUCUUUCUGACUGGACCCUUCUGGGCGUUGCACCAGCAACCAGCCUCUCUUUUCUGUUUGAAAUGUGAGGCUGAAUGUUCCUGCUGCUGUUUAACAAACAGGUGACAUCAGAUCAAAAUCUGUUGAGUUAGUUUAACUCCAGCUGAGUACAUUUUACUCAUAUAGAGUAUGUACUCUGAGUAGAUACUCUGUAUGAGUAUCUACUCAGAGUGCAUUUGGUCCCACGAGCCUCGUUUUUCCCGUGAUUUGGCCUGUUUGGUUGAUUCUGCUCCCGAUCAUAAACAUUCCCACUGGUCUGUUGUUUCUGUUAAAGCUGUUGGCUGCUUAUGAUUUACUGAUUUUACGGAACCAAACAAUAAAAAACUAAAUCUCAGUGAUUGGUCAAUUGAUGUUGCUGAUUUCUGGACCUCAUGGGUAAACCUGACUUGACCAAUUGCCUCCAGAAUGUCUCAGAUCUGAUUAUUUGAAUCACAUUUAUUCCCGUUUAUUCUGGGAUUAGACAGAUCCUGCUGGGUAACAUCCGCUCUGCAGCUCAACAGAAAGUCUCACCUCUCCGCCACCGGAGCUCCCAGAGGCGGACGCGCGGCUCCGGGCGCUCCUCACCAAUCAGCGGAGGCAGAGUCGUGACUCCCGGGGGCUCCGUGGGUUCUUCAGUCGGGCUCGCUGCAGGAUUCUGUCAUCCAACGUGUCUGAGCUCGUGAGGAAACGUGCUUUUGGCUCGUUCUGUGCUCUCCGCGCUCCCGCGUCUCCAGCUAAAUGCAACCCAGAGGAAGGAUUUUCCGUCUUCAGUUGUGCGUAAAAGUUGCGCCCCCGCCAGUGUUCUGCGCGUCAUGCCUCCCAGCAGGAACUAAAUUCUCAGACGCACCCAUGAGCUCGCGCUGGAGAGCGACCCCCCAUCUGCAGGAACCUGUGGGGUUUUAGGAAAACCGCAUCCAGCUUUCCUCUGGAAGGAGAAGUUUGGAGAGUUCAGCCCACCCCGCGGGUCCACAUGGAGGAAACGAUGUUUGUGUGCAACACCAGCGCCAUCAAGGACUGGAGCUACUUCCUGUCUCGGAUCUUGCCUCUGAUGAAUAAAACCAGCGGGCUGGUCAGCAUGGAGAGGGCGGAGAGCGCUACCACCACCGUGGUGACCUCCCUGCAGCCGGACGGUGCCAUCAGCGCCAGCGACGCGCCUCUCAACUCCAACCACACCUCGGGCAUGGAUCACGUCCUCCAGUAUUCCUACUCCGAGAGCGACCUGCUGCUCACGGACUUCCGCAACCCCGCGCGAGACCCCAUCCCGCUGCCCAAGGCGGUGCUGUACCUGCUGAUGGCGGCGCUGGUGGUGGUGGCGGUGGCCUACGCCAUAGUUGGACAUCUGGUCAAAGACGUUCUUAACGACUUCGUGGGUGGAGGCCGGUCGAUGGUUGCUGAAGGUGACGGCGGUGAAAGCAGUGAGCCAGACUGGACGCUCAGCGCCCAUCGAGCUGCCAACCACGAGACCAAGAUCAGCUGCAUCACCAAUGUGAGCGAGCGGGUGGAGGUGAACUACAACCACAACAGCUGCUUGAACCCGAGCAGGUCGGAGGAGACUGUGGUCACGGUGGACGAGACCCUGGAGCAGCGUCUUCCCGACACUCACUCCGGGACCUAACCGGGACCCUGGGCUGGUUCAGAGAGAAAUACAGCAGCAUGCUUGCGUGCACUUCCUGUUUAAAGCACAUUUACAAGUCGUUCAAGACGGAUGGAACUUUGUCCUCUGUGGCGUCGCCCGUGGGUGGUGCUGUGAUGGUGGGCCGGCGGGGCGGGGAGACGUCUGGAGUGGACUCCUUAAUGCUGAGAACAAUGAAAAGAGGAUGGCCGCAGCGUCCCUGGAUUAGAGAAGAAGCUAUUCAUGACUCGCUGAUUUUUAAAAGCUUUAAUGUACAAAUGAAAAAAAACACAAAGACGUGUUUAUCACCUAAAAACAUCCCGUUAGUCCGGGCUUCCUGCGAUGUGGCUGCAACUGUUAUUCUCCUCUGGGUAAUCCGGCUCUCAUCACUGAUGCACAGAUCAGAAGUCCUGUUCCCUUUAAGGGAAAAGGCACGCAUCACCUUCAAGAGUCGCACCUGAACGUUCAAAGCCACAGCUGGAUGUGUCCUCCCUGCUGCUCCUGUGACCUGUGUGACCUCUGCAGGUGCUGCCACUAAAGCCAGCAGGACACGUGUUUCUGUGCAUGCUGACAACACCUUUUCCCAGGAAAGGAAACUUCCGUGGAUCUGACUUCCACGGAUUCCACGUAGAAAGGAGAACAUUAGAAAUUCACUCUGACAGAUAAACCCGAGAAAAUGUGUUUUUACCUUCAUGCUGUUUGUCACAGCUGUCCUCUUCACAAUAAACAGCAUGGGUGAACGUUCUUGUUUCAUUUA